AAUGAAGUGUCUGUUUGUAGAAAUGAAAUGACCAUGCAGGAGCAAAAAAUUUCUUCAUUAGAGCAGCAGAUAAGUAGUUUGCAUUCUUCUUCAGUGGACUCUGAAGCUCUUUUGGAAGAGUUAAAUCAUGUCAAAAACCAAGUGAAGACCCUCAAAAUAAGUGAAGACUCUUUAGUCCAGCAAAUACAUGAAAAAGACUGCAAAAUGGAAAACUUAGUGCAGGAGCUAGAAGCUGUGAAAUUAGAAAUAAUUGCUCUGAAGUCUUCAAAUGCCACACUAACUCAGGACCUUAAUCAGAGGAAUCAAGACAUUGUAAAUGCAGCAGUAGAAAUGGAGCGGUUACGGGAACAAAUUGUACAACUUCAGCAGGAUGCUAAGGACGUUAAGAAUAAUACCGAUCUUGACGCUUCCCUAAAUGCUACAACAGACUCUACUCUUUUAAACGUGGAAGAUCAGGAAGCUCUCAUCAAUGAAGUGUCUGUUUGUAAAAGGGAAAUGUCCAUGCAAGAGCAAAAAAUUUCUGCAUUGGAGGAGCAGAUCAGUAGUUUGCGUUCUUCUUCAGUGGAAGAGUUAAAUCUUGUUAAAAACCAAGUGAUGACCCUCAAAGCAAGUGAAGACUCUUUGGUCCAGCAAAUACAUGAAAAAGACCGCAAACUCCAUGAGAAUGUUAUUGAAAUGGAAAAAUUAAGAGACUUACCAAGUCAUUGUGAAAGUGUUACUCACAUGUCUUCUGUAACAUCUGGAGAUCAAAUAGAUGACUGUGAGCCAAGUGCUCUGUCUUUAAUGCAGGAGCUAGAAGCUGUGAAAUCAGAAAUAAUUGCUCUCAAGUCUCUAAAUGCAACAUUAACUAAGGACCUUGAUGACAGGAACCAAGAGAUUGUAAAUGCAGCAGUAGAAAUGGAGCAGUUACGGGAACAAAUUGUACAAUUUCAGCAGGAUGCUAAGGAUGUUAAGAAUAAAACUGAUCUUAACAGUUCCCAAAAUGCUGCAAUCGAUACUACUCUUUUAAACAUUGAAGAACAGGAAGCUCUCAUCAAUGAAGUGUCUGUUUGUAAAAGUGAAAUGGCCAUGCAAGAGCAAAAAAUUUCUGCAUUGGAGCAGCAGAUAAGUAGUAUGCAGUCUUCGUCAGUGCACUCUGAAGCUCUUCUGGAAGAGUUAAAUGACGUUAAAAAUCAAGUCAAGACCCUCAAAAUAAAUGAAGAUUCCUUGGUCCAGCAAAUGCAUGAAAGAGAUUGCAAACUGAAUGAGUAUGUUGCUGAGACAGAGAAAUUAAGGAAGCAACUCUGUCAGUCUGAAGGCGUUGCUGACAAGUCUCACGUAACCCCAAUGGAACAAAUUAACAAAUGUGACCCGUAUGUUCAGUCUCUAAUUCACGAGCUUGAAGAUAUGAAAUUGAAAAUUGCUGCUGUCAAUUCUUUAAAUGACACAUUAACCAAGGAUCUGGCUGAGAGGAACCUAGCAAUGGAGCAGUUACAGGAUCGAAUUCUACAUCUUCAACAAAAUUCUUGUGACUCUGAAAGAUCCAUGUUGCCUGAUGUAAACUCACCUUCAGACAGUAUGCUCUCGCUAGUUGAAGACGAGAAAAAUGUCAUGGUAACAGAUAUGACCUUGUGUAAAAAUGAGAAAAUAUGUGCUUUGGAGCAGCAGAUGCAUUCUUCUUCAGUGGACUCUGACACUCUUCUGGAAGAAUUAAACAAUGUUAAAAACCAAGUGAAGGCCCUGAAAAUAAGUGAAGAUUCAUUGGUUCAUCAAAUACAUGAAAGAGACGACAAACUCAAAGAGUAUGCUAUUGAAGUGGAGAAACUGAGGGACGCACCAUGCCAGUGCGAACAAAACGCUCAUUCUCCUAUUCUGGUGCCAAAUGCUGUCAAUUCUACAGUUGAUCACGAAAUUGUGAUGUCAUCUGUUGUGAAAACUGAUUUGCUGUCUUUAGACAUUGAGAAACUUUCCGCAAAACUAUCUCUCUUAGAGAAUGAUUUGCAUGAAUCACGCAGUUUGCUUUGGAGUAACCUUGAAGAAGUGGAAAUUGAUGAAAGUGCCCCACUUCAUUCUUUAGUGCUGCAGUGUCUUUCCUGUUUGACUGAAACUAAGAAGAAAUGCACUGAUCUUGAAUUACGCAGCCAGGGGCAACAAUUGCAACUUCAGGAUAAACUAUCUGAAGAACUAAUUCAAUGUAGAAAUGAAUUACUAGCCAUGAAAAAUGACAAUAAUUCUCUUCGUUUAGAACUGGACUCCAAAAAUUCUGUCCUUGAGGAUUCUGAAUCAGAAUUAAGACAGUUACGUGAAAAGGUUGAGUCCUUAAAGUCUAACAGCUCUGAUUUACAGAAACUUGAAAGCGUCUCCAAGGAAAUUGUGCUACAUAAAAAUGAACUCGAAGAAUUGCGGAGAAAGAAUUCUGUGUUGGAGGAUGAAAUAAAGUUUAAGAAUUCACUUAACUUAGAUGUGGAAGAUGAAGUAAGGCAACUUAAAGCAAAACUGCACGAGCUUGCCAACAAUUUAGGAAAAGAUGAAUUUUGUCAAAAGUGCUGUGACCUUGAAAAGACAAUUAAAAACCAGCUUUCUGAAGUUGAAAGCAGGGAUGAAAAAAUUAAUACUCUUCAGAAGCACUGUGAAGACUUGGAGCUAGAGAUUAAGUGUGCCCAUAGAACUCUUUUGUCAGAGGUGAAAGCUAUUUCAGACAGUAGUGAUGAUCUGGGGAAUGUUUCUUUAUCAGAGUUACUGUCAAGAUUUUUGGAAUCAAUCAUGAAAGUGCAAAAACAUGUGGCCUCAGUCUUUCAAACAAAACUAGACUCUUGCACCUCUGAACUUCAGGCAUAUGUCCAGCAAGAAGCAGAAUGGCAAGAAACAAUGAAAGAAAUGAAAAGUAAUGUUGCUCAGCUUACUGAAAUGAAUGAAAGUCUAACAUCACAAUUGGGUGGAAUCAAGCAGAAGGAAGAAAGUUUGUUGAUUGUUCAAGAGAGCUUUGAAAACAGUUUUAAGAAACUCAGAAGUUUACUUAACUGUACCCAAGAUCUAUCACAGGAUGAGCUGUUAUCAGUUGUUCAGUCAAAAUUAAUUGAGUUGUCUAUAAAAGCUGAUGAGUUAGCUGAGCUUAACACAACUGUCCAGCAAUUCAAGACAGAGAAUGAUAGUCUCAGUUUAAAAAUUGCUGAAACCGAAAAGGAGAGGAAGGAACUUCAAGAUAAAUUAAGUAGCAUGGAAUACAGUUCUGAUCAGUCGACCAAGGAUUUGAAAGACUUAAGAGAAAAAUAUGAAAAGUCAGUGGCAGAUUUGUUAGCUCAAGAAAGAUUUGUCAAAGAUCUGCAGUCGGAAGCGCUUCAUGCCGCAGAAUGUAUAGAGCAGCUAGAGAAAACCCAAAAAAGAUUGGAAAGUAUAUCACAGGAGCUUCUCACUGAGACAGCUUUAAACGCUACCCUAAAAACUGAACUUAGUAAAAAGUCAGAUAUUGUUUUAAAUCUAGAAGCAAGCUUAACUGAGCUUCAGUUACAAGUACAAACUCAAUCAAAACAGUUAUCCGGCAAAGAAUCUUUACAAAGUAAGGCUUCAUCCCUCUACAAUGAUCUAACAGAGAAGAAGCAACUUAUUGUUAAGCUGAAAGAAGAGAUUGGAUGCCAAAAGUCUAUUUUAGAAGAGAAACAAGAAAAGAUUGAGGCACUAUGUAAGGAGAUAGAAGAGCUAAAGGAAAAGCAAAGUAUUACAGAGGGAGAUUUCCUCAAAAUGAAGAAUGAAAGAGAUUUAGCAGUGAAAAACCUGACUCUAAAACCAUCACCAAGUGAUGAAGUAAAAGAAUUGAAAGCUGAAAUGGAAUUUUUGAACCAACAGUAUGAGAAUGCUCUCAAGUCAUCAAGGGAAACCAGAACUCAAAACAGGAAAAUAAAGGCCGAACUUACUAAAAUGAAAGAGAAAUUAGAAACAUCUGAGAAAUCCACACCUGGGCCGUCUUCAGAACUAGCACUUCUUCAAGGGCAGCUCUCUCAAGAAAUUUCUCUGAGAAAACAGCUAGAAAUACAGGUGGAAGAGCAGCUGACAGAACUCUCACAAUUGUCCAGGUUGAAACCUAGCAGAGCCUCUGAUUUUAAACAGAAAAGGGAAGCAAGUGAUGCUAGAAAUGUCAGAUCAGAAUUAGAAUCUUUGAGGGAAAAAUAUGAAAGAAAUCUGAAAGAGCUUACUUCCAAAUCUCAUGAAGUUCAAGCCUUGAUGAACGUGGUUAAAGAGAAAGAAGAAAUUAUUAUAGAAAAAGAUAAGAAGAUUGAUGAGAUCAACAAGGACAAAGAAGAUUUGGACAAAGAAUGUGAGGACUUGUUAUCAUGGGGACGGAGCCUUGAUCAAAUGAACAAAGAACUUGCAGAUAGGAUUGCAGAAAUCUUGAAAGAUUUGGCGCAAACAAAAUCAAAAUUCUUUUCAGUUACUAUGGAUAAAAUAAUGGUGUUGAGAAGUUCAUGUAAAGAAGUGAUGGGCUCCUUGGACAAAACAACUGGAGACUUGCUAGAGAUGCAGUUGUCAUCUAAAGAAAAAUCUGCAAAGAAUGCUCAAAGCCGAGCUGAGGCAUUAAUUGGAAAACUCAAUGAUAUUUGCAGUAAACCUAUUGAUUGUGAUAUGCUGCAAGAUGCAUGCUCUGAGUUACACAAGGAAAACCAGUUUUUGUCUGAUGUUGAUGAUGAAUUUACCACCAUUUGGCAAAAAGUGUGCCAGGAGAAGAAACAAGCUGUGCGGGAAUGUGAUGGGUGCAAAGAGUUACUGGAAUGGGGUAAGAAGCAAGAGGCUUUAGCCAAUGAGAAUGACAACUUGGUGGACAGAUUGAAUGCAGAAAUCAAAAGGCUUAAACGUAAAGAACCCUCCAGCCUCACAAAUGCUCAUUCAGCUUCAGAUAAAACAUCUCCAAAAGAAUAUAUCCUCAAAUGUGAAGAACUUCAAAGGCUAGUUCAAACUCAGCGCACUGAGUUGGCUGAUAAGAAUGCUGAAAUCACUGAGCUAAAAAUGAAACAGCAAAUACUGAACAAACCUGCUGAGGAUACUAUAAAACGCUUGGAGGAAAAGCUAAAGCUAUCAAAAGAUGAGAUCGGAAACUUGAAAUCUCAAAAUAGACGCAUUCUGAAAACCUAUCAAGAAAACACAGAGUGUGCAUCAUCUUCAAAGGUCAUGACAAAGUCUGUUCACACUCAAACCGCUGAAUCAAAUGAAGCUAUUUAUAAAAGCCAAUAUUGGUCUAGUGGACCAAGUGGGAUUGUAGAUGAAGCUAAUCGUAUUGCGCUAGAGGAUAAGGUGAGAAAACUUGAGCGCGAGAAAGAAACUUAUAAAAAAUUAUGUAUAGAUAGAAAACAGAGGAUGGAUAUUAUGGAAGAUAAAUUAAAAAAGUACCUGAAGGAAAAUCAAGAGAAUGAGCCCAACAACUCCACUAGUACUCCCUAUUCAUUACGGAGACGAAAAUAAUUUUUAUUUUGUUGACUUCUUUGAUUGAUUCAUUUUAUAUCGUAUUUUUAAUUAUGUACAUUUAUAAAUAAAUUAUUAUUAUAAUAAGGACAGAA